GGCCUUGAAAGAGGAAAUUAAGGUAAAAUUAGAUUAUAUGGAUGGGCCCUAAGCCAGUAUGACUGGUGUCCUUAUGAGAAGAGGAGAUCAGGACACAGACAUAUCCAGAGGGAAGAGCAUGUGAAGACAGAGGGAGAAGACGGCCAUCUACAAGCCAAGGAGAGAAACCUCAGAAGAAACAACCUUUCCAACUCCUUCAUCGCAGACAUCUGGCCUUCAAAACUGGUCUUGGUUAAAUACGUGAUGCCUGCCACCUUAUGACCAUGAGAAGAUCAGGGAUGAAAGAGCCAAUGAACUGAGGACGGUAGAGAAAAAGAGGAAAAGAUCAGGCUGGUGAUGAGUCUGCUGAGCUUCCAAAAGAACCCUGGAAUCAAGCACCAUGUUUCUGAACCCAGGACGUUGCCUUCCUACAAAAUGAAGCGGAACUUUUGCUUCCUUCUCAUCCUCCUCCUCCUCCUCCAGAUGACAAUCCCAGGGAGUGCUCAGUGCUCCUUAGACGCCAUUGUGGAUAAAAAGAUAAAGGAUGCUCUCACUGGUCUAGAGCUCAAUCCCUCUGCCCCAGCAAAGAGGAUCUCAUGUUUCAGUGUCGUGAACUCAGGCAAACUGUCUUUCUGCCCUGCAGGGUCGGUUGUCACUGGCUGUGCUUGUGGCUAUGGCUGUGGCUCCUGGGAUGUCGGGGAGGGGGAAACUACAUGCCACUACCAGUGCAACCCAGUAGAUUGGACCACUGCCUGCUGCUGCCGCCUGACCUGA